AUGUCCAAACCGAAAGUUCUUGUUGUUGGAUCUGGUGGUGUGGGUGCCAUCGGUGCCUUAUGCUUAUCUCUUAAUGGCAAGGCAGAUGUAACUCUAGUGGUCAGAUCGGAUUAUGCAGAAGUCAGCGAGAGUGGGUACACUAUUACAUCUGUUACUUAUGGCGAACACAAAAAUUGGAAACCACAUCACAUAGCCAGAUCUGUGGCGGAUGCAUUUGAGAGAUUUGGUGAAUUUGACUUUGUUUUAUUGACUACCAAGAAUAUUCCUGACGGUCCUGUGACAUGUGAAGAUAUUAUCAGGCCUGCAGUUACCUCUAAGACUGUAAUUAUUUUACUUCAAAACGGGCUUGGUAUAGAGAAACCCAUGAUUGAGCAGUUUCCACAAAAUAUAAUUUUAAGUGGUGUUUCAUUAAUUGGAUCUAGUAAUAUCAAUCGUGUUGUCUGUAACCUGCUUAAAGACCAAAUUUAUCUUGGGGCUUGGAAUAACCCAAAUAUUGAAAACCAUGAAGAGAAAGAGCAAUAUGCAAUUCGUGAGUUUACUAGAAUAUACAGUAAUGACAAGUAUAAUAAAGUCUUUUUUGACGGGAACGUGGAAAAGACAAGAUGGGAAAAAUUGCUCUAUAAUGCAGCUCUUAAUUCUACUACUACUAUUGUCAAUUUAGACGUAAGUAGGUGUCAAAUUGCGGGUGCAAAUGAUGAACUCUUUAGGCCUGCAAUGAGAGAGAUUGUAGCUAUUGCAGCCAGUGAAGGCGUUGAGAUAUCUCCAGAAACUAUUGAGAAAUUCGUUCAUAUUAGUGAUGGCCAAUUUUACAGUCCUUCAAUGUGCGUGGAUGCGAGAAAGAAGCAGUUGUUUGAAUCGGAAAUUAUUUUGGGAAAUCCUUUAAAGAUUGCAAAAGCAAAUGGAGUAGAUGCACCUGUAUUGAGGACUUUAUAUACCCUAUUAUCAAUGGUUCAAUUUAGAAUUAAAGAAGAAAAGGGUAUAAUCAAAAUCAAUGAAAGCGAAUAUAAAAAAUUGAAUUCAGACUGUUACCCAGAUAUGCUCAAGAAGUAG